AUGACUAAUAUUGUUGUCAGACGAGACAGCCAAACCCUCGAGGCUUCUAAAACUCAAAAUUCUACAUUGAUAACCACACCACUUGCAAUGACUUCUGACAAUAACCAUGAAAAUAUGAAACGUUGGACGAAAAACCCGGAAGCAAGAAUUUUCUGCAUCAACACACUCUCUGCUUUAUACGCUCUGAUCCUGACAAUGAUUGCAUUUGUAAUAGAAAUCUCUCCAACGUGGCGAUCCCAAGAAAUGUGGCUUGAAUAUUCAAUAUUUGGCGUUCUGAUGUACCUAUUUGCAAUUUUGUAUUUCACCUAUUUUUAUUUAUUUGUUAUAUAUCCCAAUAUUAUCAACUCAAUUAUCUACUUUUUGCAUCGGAGGGGACGAAUAGCUUCCUUGCACAGAUGGCUUCUAGAAGAGCCCGUUUUUAAUGGAGAAGGCGCUGGAACAAUGUAUCUGAGAAUCGGAACUUUAUUUUUCGGAUCCAUGGGAGCCGUGCUUUAUAUAACUGAAAUUUUAUUGUGUUUCUUUGAUACGCAACGAAAUGGAAUUUAUGUCACCAAGUACACACUUGCAGUCGCAUUUAUCUAUAUGCAAAUGCAUUUUAUUUUUUCAAAUUCUAAGGUUCUGCUGAAAAGUUCAAAUGCAAUUGCAAAGUUUGGAUUGAUGCACUCAGUUGCUGUGAAUUUGUGGACGUGGCUUUCCAUUUGUCUUAUAAAAUCGGAUAUGAAGCACUCCAAAAAAGAAAUGAAACACGCUGAGGAUGGUCUCAAAAACCAAACAGCUACAAAUGUUCUAGCUCAAUGGUCCUACAAUUUAACUACCAACUCAUUUGGUGCUCACGACAAACAGCUGAGAACAAUUGUCAAAAUGGGGAGCAGUGCGAAUUUACUUCUCACUUGCCUUGUCGAGUUCUCAUUGAUUGCUGCAGUUAUAUGCUUUAUCAUUUGGAAAAACGAUCAUCCGAAUCCAGGAAAUUCUGAGAAAAAGCCAAAGAAACAAAGUGUUCGUUUUGACUGCAAUGGAACUUCUGUUGGAUUAUUCACUGCGAUUUUCAUACACAUUAUAUCAGUGGUUGUUAUUGGAUUGCACGGAAUUUAUAUGAAAGACCACAACGAAAAAGUGGCUGACCAACUGAUUGGAUACACAGAUGUCUUGAUGUUCGUGAUACUACUUUUUGCAUGUCUUCUUGCACUAUUUCAAAUGCGAAAACUACAGUACACUUCACAUGUGCAUGGAGAAGUUAUUGAUGAUAUCUUGUUGAUUGUGGGAUUGGCUGGAGAAUGUGUAUAUUCGUGUGCUGCAAUCGAUUUAUAUGUAAAUGAAAAGUUGAUGGAUCGUCCGGUUCCUUAUAUCACAAUGAUUGCGUUUUCAUUGAGAAUCACUGAAGUUAUAGUUCAGACAUUGUUCAUUCUAAUAGCUGCGAGAAUGAGAAGCUCACCACUUAGCAACAAACAACCUGGAAAACAAGUUAUAACUUUUCUUUUGAUCUGCAACAUCAAUCUGUUUAUCUAUCACACAUUUGAAACAACAGAAUCCAGUUUUGGGUUUCCUGCCAAAGUGUCAGAAGUCUACACGGUGAUGCUUACCAUUGCGUCUCCAAUCGUGGUCUUCUACAGGUUUCAUAGUUCGGCGUGUUUGGCAGAAAUCUGGAAGAAUACGUAUUUGCGGAACGGUCACGAUGCGAACGUUGGGCCUGCAGAUUCUAAUGAAAAAUUAAUGAUGAUUGAUAAAUUGUAAAAACUUUGAAAUAAAUAUUUUGUUU